GGCUGACAACAAAUUAGGAUCAAAAACUUUGUGUUGUUUCUAAAACCAUCAAUUUUACAUGCCAAAACUUGAUAACCUUUCACUCUUAUAAAUCUUAAGAUCUAUCAAUUCUGCCAUAUUAAUUCUAAUCAGUCAGCAUUUAUACAGUACAUAAUUCUUUUUCUCUGAUCAUUUCUUGAUUUAUUCACUUAAUUACUGUUAAGGCUAAUCAAUGGAACCCAAAAUUGAUAAUGGAGAAGGUGGUUAUGUUCUUGAUGAUGUUCCUCACUUGUGUGAUUAUCUCCCUAAUCUGCCUACAUACCCAAAUCCACUACAAAAUAAUCCUUCGUAUUCAGUAACCAAGCAAUAUUUUGUGGAUUAUGAUGACACAGUUAUUCAUAAGGCUGUUCAACAUAAAGAUGGUCCAAGGGGUUUACAUUUUCGACGUCAAGGUCCUCGACAGCAGGUGUAUUAUACACCAGAGGAAGUUACAGCAUGUAUUGUCACUUGUGGAGGUCUUUGCCCGGGGCUUAACACUGUGAUCAGAGAGUUAGUUUGUGGGUUGGAUUACAUGUAUGGAGUGAAAAACGUCCUUGGGAUUCAAGGUGGUUACAGUGGAUUCUAUGCUCGAAAUACGAUCUCGUUAACACCUAAGUUAGUCGAUAGCAUCCAUAAACGGGGUGGAACUAUCCUUGGUUCGUCAAGAGGUGGCUAUGUGACUUCCAAAAUAGUUGAUAGCAUUCAGGACCGGCGUAUUAAUCAGGUGUACAUAAUUGGAGGAGAUGGAACUCAAAAGGGUGCAUCUGUUAUAUAUCAGGAAGUAAGAAAACGAGGUCUUAAGGUCUCGGUCAUAGGAAUUCCCAAAACUAUUGACAAUGACAUUCCGAUCAUCGACAAAUCCUUUGGGUUCGAUACAGCAGUGGAGGCGGCACAAAGUGCUAUAAAUGCAGCACAUACUGAAGCUGAAUGUGUCGAGAAUGGGAUCGGUCUUGUCAAGUUAAUGGGUCGUGACAGCGGAUUUAUUGCUAUGUAUGCAACCCUUGCUAGCCGAGAUGUUGACUGUUGCUUGAUCCCGGAAUCACCCUUUUAUCUCGAAGGCCCAGGUGGGCUCUAUGAGUUUAUUAGACAAAGACUUAAGGAAAAUGGUCACAUGGUUAUUGUCAUAGCUGAAGGAGCUGGCGAGAAGCUGGAAGAAAGAGAUGCUUCUGGAAACAAGGUGUUUAAAGAUGUUGGUCUCUGGUUGUCUCACAUGAUUAAGGAACACUUUGCUCAAACGGAACUAAAAAUAACUCUUAAAUACAUAGAUCCUACGUAUAUGAUCCGAGCUGUUCCUUCAAAUGCAUCGGACAAUGUUUACUGCACAAUUCUAGCACAAAGUGCGAUUCAUGGGGCCAUGGCUGGUUACACAGGUUGCACUGUUGGGCCGGUUAAUGGGAGGCAAUGCUACAUACCUUUCUAUCGCAUCAUCGAUAAACCAAACAAGGUUGUGAUAACAGACAGAAUGUGGGCUAGACUCUUAUCUUCGACAAAUCAGCCUAGUUUCAUGAAUCCGCCCAAGGUUGCCAUUGUUGGAGGAAAACAGACUGUUAUAAUGCCAUCCAAAUCGUCUGUUGAAGAGACAAGUGAGAAUGAAGAGUGUACGACACUGAUCUCGCCAUCAAUCCUUGAAAAUCAUGUCAGUGAUCAGCAUUCAUCAGUGAAUGGAUUUAUUUAGAGAAAAAUGACUUUUUGAAUAAUUUUUUUUUAGAUUCUGGAAACUUUUACUGUUCUUACGGAGCAGAGGAGUGAAUAACAAGCUUAUACUUCAGAUUGCCGUAAUUUAGAGCUUUUGUUUAAUCGUAGGAGACGCCACAAAAUUGUUACGAGGAUUGCUCUUUAAUAACAAAAACGAGCGUUUGUGCUCGUAAAAUUGUGAAUUGGUAAUUUAUUCGUGUUUGAAAAUUGAAGCAUUUGUUUUGUAUAUGUAACAUAUGGAAAGCCUAAAAUUUAUCGUUGUGUAAUAAUAUGUAUAGUUAAAAAAACUGGCAUUGUCUUAGAUUUUAUAUUGUUGUCUCCAAAGAGAGCAUAUAAUAGUGUCUGGUCUCUAAUUUUUUUGUCAAAUUAAGUGACAUCUUGUACUAAUAACUAAUAAGUAUUCUCCCUUUAGAAAGUUUUAAUGAAAAGAGCAUUUGUCCAAA